AUGGUGCAGCAAGAUCCUCACGAAGUCCGUCAACUCGUCAACAGUCUAGAAGCUGCCAGCCAAAAAGGUGGCGGGAAGCCGGGCAAGAAGAGCUUCCGCUGUAAGAAAUCCACCUUCGCUGUGGCUGGCUCAGAUAACAUCUAUGUGGACUCAUGGCGGUUCAUGGACUGGGAGUAUAAAAGGGAUGACCUCCCAACUUAUGCCCGUGGACUGUUUACUACCGUAACAAAGGAUGGGACGCCCGAGAUUGCCAUCCGUGGCUAUGAUAAGUUCUUCAACGUCGACGAGGUCAGCGAGACCAAGUGGCGCAACAUCGAAGCCAACACGCGCGGCCCCUAUGAACUCAGCGUCAAAGAGAAUGGCUGUAUUAUCUUCAUGUCCGGUCUCGAAGACGGAACUCUGCUGGUCUGCAGCAAGCACUCCACCGGAGGGCGACAGGAUACCCCUCUGAGCCAUGCACAAGCCGGAGAGCGAUGGGUCGAAAGGCAUCUGAACGCAAUCGGCAAGACGGUGAAGGAGCUGGCGAAGGAGCUACGGAGCAUGAAUGCUACAGCCGUCGGAGAGCUCUGUGACGAUUCGUUUGAAGAGCACGUGCUCGCCUACGACGAGAAUGCCGCCGGGAUUUAUCUUCACGGAAUCAACUAUAAUGUGCCGGAAUUCGCGACCUUGCCGAGCGCAGAGGUUCACAAGUUUGCCGACGCUUGGGGUUUUAAGAAGGCGCAGUAUGUCGUCCUGGAUGACCUGGAAUCGGUGAAGCAGUUCUUGGAGAAAUGCGCCGAAACUGGAUCAUGGAAUGGCCGAGAAACGGAAGGGUUCGUCAUCCGGUGCAAGAUGAAGGGGCCAGACAAGACAUAUCGGGACUGGUUUUUCAAAUACAAGUUCGAGGAGCCCUAUCUGAUGUACAGACAAUGGCGGGAAGCGACGAAAGCAGUGAUCGCCGGGAGACUGCCCAAGAUCAAGAAACACAAGAAAAUCACCGAGGAAUACUUGCUGUAUGCGCGGAGACAACUGGCCAAGGACCCGAAGAUUGGCAAGCUUUACAAUCAGAACCAUGGAAUCAUCGCUAUGCGAGAAGGGUUCUUGCGGGAGCGAGGUCUGAAAGGGUCCGACAUCAUCGCAUUGGAGAACGAAGGCAAACUGGAGGGGGGAGAUGCCCGCAAAGCAGUCACUCGGAACGUGAUUUUGGUUCCCAUUGCUUCCAUCGGAUGUGGAAAGACAACUGUCUCUCUCGCGUUAGCGAAGCUGUUCGGCUGGGGCCAUAUCCAAAAUGACAACUUGGCGAAGCAGAAGAAUCGGCCGAAGAAGUUUGCUCUAGAGGUGACCAAUUCUCUUGGAGAGAAGCCAGUGGUGAUAGCGGAUCGAAACAACCAUCAGCGGCGUGAAAGAAAACAGCUCAUGGAUGAUGUCAUGCCUGUCGUUCCUGAGGCACGAUUUGUGGCUCUCCAAUACGUGCACGAGCCUAAAGGAGUGCUGCUAGAUGACAUCAGGGAGAUCACAAGGAAGCGGGUCCUGGAUAGGGGUGACAACCACCAGACUAUCCGGGCUGGCACUAAGAGCUCCGAAGAGAUUAUCGGGAUCAUGGAAGGCUUCCUAGAGAGAUUUGAAGCCAUCGAUACAGAACGAGAUCCAGACGACAAUUUCGAUGAAGUGAUCGAUCUGGAGGUUGGGGCUUCAUCCCGCGAAAAUCUCGAGAUUAUUGUUAAAAAAUUGCACUCGUGUUAUCCGAAAAUCGUCGAGCGCAUUCCUACUUCUGAAGACAUGGACGCUGCCAUAGAAUCGGCGUUGCACGACUACCACGUCGACAUGGAUCUGAGUUGGCCCUCUGGCAAGCAGAAUACAAAGGAGAAGAAGAAUCAGCAGAAGAAUGGCUCACCUGGCCCGCAGACCCAGGAUCCAGAGACGCUGGUGAAGAAGAUCGAGUACAUCGGCAUUACAUUGCCAACGUCUCAGGUAAACGAUAUUCUUACCUCUCUUUUCCCGCCAUCUACGCCACCCACCCGGGCGAAACUGUAUCACCAUCUCGUCAAUACACGACGUGUGCAGCCCUCAUUUCAUGUCACCUUGAUCCAUCGCGCUCUCCGCGAAGAAUGCCCCGACAUCUGGAAGCAGUACACGGAUCUGUACGUGCAACGAAUGCGGGAGAAGGACCCAUCCGAUCAAACAACGACGCCGCCACUGGCUUCUGCCCGCGUGCGGGUUGAGCGUCUGGUCUGGGACGAGAGGAUCAUGGCGUUUGUGGUGCGGAUCAUGCCUGGUCCUGACAGUCCGGACGGGGCUGCCCCGUGGCCGUGUGCCAACGCUAUCCCUCACAUCACCGUCGGCACGGCGUCACCAGAAAUCAAGCCCAAGGAAAGCAACGACCUGUUGCGGCGGUGGUUGGAAGACGGAUCGGGAGACGGAACUGGCAUCUGGGAGUCGGAGGUUCCGGGCGUGAAAGUGCUAGAGGGUACUAUUACACCGGUGAUGAGCCGGGGGAAGUAUCAAUCAAUCAAUCAAGAAUCAAAAAAAUCAAUUCAAUUAGUUAGUCAGUCUAUUGAGGAUGCAGAUGCAGCUGGUAUUUCUUUUCCCCUCUUUUCCACAUAUAUAUCUACUAUAUUUAUUUGUAUUAUCUCAAUGUAUGACUUUUCUACUAUCUGGAAAUUCGAGUGUACAGGCCCAAUGCAUCCCAAAAAUGAUGUGUGA